GCUUUUAAGGAACGCACAGGCCGCCAUGUAGGACAGCGAGCGUUACUUUCAUACGGAAGAAAGACAGUUGCUCUGUUCAAAGUCCAGCUGACUCUGAUUUAAGUUACAAUUUUGGUUUAAACAAUGAGCCACGAACUGGCAGAGAAAGCGGGCUGAGUAAUUAAACUGACGAAGAAAAAUGGAGGCGAGGUUCGGCACCGAAGUGGCGUCGAUCGUGGAAGUCGCCAUCCAGGCGACCGUGUCUGUUUUCAGGGAUGUCUUGGCGACAGAGGCGCCAAACACGGCGUGGGAAGAGGCGAAGCUCGGUGAAGUCCAGGAGAUAGAGAAGUGUCUGGUGGUUCAGAUCCACAAAGUGUUCGCCGAGUUCUCCUCGGAGCUGUUCGAGGAGAACGAGGCUCUGCGGGCCAAAGUGGAGCAGCUGGAGGACGUGCUGCAGAGGAAAGCCGGGCAGCUGGAGCAGGAGCUGGAGGCCAGAGUGGGUCAGCUGGGCAGAGAGAUGGAGCAGCUGGAGAAGGAGCUGAAGAGCAUCAGUGAAGGCAGCAACAAGACACAGGGAGGCCCGACCCACGGCUCACUGAUGGGAGCACCAGUGUUGUCGGUCUCCACCAGUCCUGCUGCGAAGGAAUCUACCUCGAACCCUCCUCUGGUUUCAGCAGGAAGCUCUGAAGCUUUUCCCAGCUCCACCGCCGUAUCUGCUACUGUCCCUCAACCUGCAGUAGCCCCGAUGUUGUUUGUUGGCAGAGUCAGCGGCCCUCCCACCGUGCUGUUGGUUUCCAGCCAAGUUGUCACCCAGCCCCCCACGCCAUCGACGGCUGUCUCCGAAACGAUGGAAACAACACAGUGCAUCCUUUCACCAGCAGCCUCGCCGGGGUCAACACCUCAAGACGUCCCCAGUCCAGACUCCAGCACUGUCAGUGGUGUCGACUAUGCACAGGAAAAGAAAUCUGUCGAAGAGGCACCUUUAAGGAGAACGAGGAGGAUGAGGAGACCAACUUAUAAAACUGAAGAAGUUUCCACUGACAACAGCACCGAAGAGAAAAAGAUCAAGCCAGGUGGAGUGCAGGGAAGACGUCUGAAAAGGACAGAGUUGCGGACAGUGAAGCAGUUCUCCUGUGAGCUUUGUGAUGUCAGUUUUCAUUGGAAAAGUGAUUUGAAGAAGCACAUGAAGGUCCACAAUAAGCCUUUUCCUUGUGAGCAGUGUGGCAGAAGUUUCCUUGAAAAGAAGUCUCUGGAAAAUCACCUUUUGCGUCACGAGGCAAGUAAAGCACCCUUGCCCUUCCCAUGUCCUCGGUGUAAAAGAUCGUACCGAAAAGAACUGUCGCUUCAAAAUCACCUCAAGCGUCACCAGCUGUUGAAACCACCAAAGCCGUUUACCUGCGAUCAGUGUGGGAAGACAUUCAGAAUCCAGCAGUCUCUGGAAAACCACCUGUUACGCCACGAGAAGUGGAAGCAAAUGUUGAAGUGCCAGCAUUGCGACAAGACUUUCAAGACGUCUGUCCAUUUGAAAUGUCACAUGGCCGUACACUCGGAAGAAAGACCGUUUAGCUGUGCAACAUGUGGGAAGGAAUUCAAGAGUAAAGACACCCUUCGCUUUCAUCAGAUGGUUCACACGAAUACCAAAAAAUACAAAUGCACAAUGUGCGACGAGACUUUCAAGUAUGCUCACUCCCUGACUGUGCAUAAGAGGAAACACACGGGCAUCACGCCGUUCAUAUGCACUGUGUGCAACAGGUCGUACAGGACCGGCACUGCUCUGAAGAGACACAGUGUCGUCCACACUGGGGAGAAACCGUUCACAUGUCACAUAUGUGGAGCGAGGUUCAGCCUGAACAACAACCUCAAGAGGCACCUUCGCAUUCACACAGGAGAGAAGCCGUUCAACUGCCAAGAGUGUGGAAAGAGUUUCUCAGACAACAACAAGCUGAAGUCCCACAUGCUCAUCCACGGUGCCAGAAAACCUUUCAUGUGUGAUCUGUGCGGGAAGACCUUCCUCUUCAACUGCAGGCUGCUGAUACACCAGAGGUACGUGCAUGCUGACAGGAACGAGGAAACAGACGGCUCACAAAGAUUUUUACAGACUAGAAGGCAAAACAAGUCUGAAAAACCGUUCAGUUGCAAAAUAUGUCUGAAAGGCUUCAGCGCCGCAGGUUCCCUCAAACUUCAUGAAAGAGGCCACAGUGAGCACAAGGAGUUCAACUGCAACAUAUGUGGGAAGUCUUUCCAUAACAAAUACUCUUACAGCUAUCAUCAAAGAAGCCACACGGGGGAGAAGCCUUUUGUUUGUGAUGUGUGCGGGAAGAGAUUCUUCCAUGCCGGUAGUCUGAAGCAGCACGAGCGGAUUCACACUGGUGAAAAACCGUACAAGUGCGACCAGUGCGGCAAGGCCUUCAGAACGGACGGAAACUUCUACAGACACUUGCGGAUCCACAGUGGUGAUAAGCAGUUUGAAUGUUUGUACUGUCACAAGAAGUUCCAUCAGUCAAAUCAGCUGAAGUCCCACAUGCAGGUCCACACCGGGCAGAAGCUCUACUCGUGUCAGCAGUGUGGCCGGGGCUUCUCCGAUUCAAGGCAGCUCAAGAAGCACAGCUGUGACGGCUCAUAGGUGAUGCACGUUGUACGCCAGAAAGCCCAAAUAGCCCUGUUUGUUUGUGUUAAGGGAAACAAAAAUUAUCUUGUGUCUGGCUCUGUGGUUAAAAAAAUAAAAAUAAAACAAACAUUGCAAUGCUGGACAAGAGUGACACUGAUAAAAAAUAAUCGGUUUAUGAGACCUGGAACAGCAAAUAAGGUCAGUUAUUGCGAUCAUUAAGUACAAACGAUUUGCUCGUGGCAAAGAGAUGCUUGUCUUCUGAUAGCUUUUCUUUUGGCUGUCAACUAAGGAGUUUCAACUCUUGAGGGCUCUGAUAACUCACUUGUAAUUCCUCUUGAAAUGCUAGAGUUGAGGUGGGUUGAUCAAAAGCAAUGAACAUAUUAAUAGUAACAAUAGUCGCAGGUCUAAUCUCAUUCUGAGUAUUCACAGUAGAGGUUAGCAGCAUUGUUUGUGGCAUUUAGAGUAUGUUUUUUCUUUUUGUUUCAAUAACCUCUGCUUUUAAAAACAUUGGAAACACAGAUACUACUGUUUUAGCUUUAUAAAACAUUGAGGCCAUUUAAACAUGGCAAAGCGGAGUUGAGGUAAGAUACCUCUAAAUGUUUUUUAAGAUAACAAAAUGCAGCAACGGUGCCUGCUUCAUGUUUUCAAGGUAUAAAUUAGGACUAAAAAUAACUCCGUUCACCAGCUGAGUUAAUAUUAAAGUGAAGAUUGCUGUCAUUUUUGAAUAGCAUUUCUUUUUGUUGUUGUUGUUGUUAUUUUGAAAGAUUUAUUUUACCAUUUUGUAUUAAUUUAUGUUUUGUGAAUUCCUAAUAACCCGAUAUAAUGUAAAUUAACACGUAAUUCUUUUCAAACAUAAAAACAUUUCAUUGCAAAAUUACUGUGUUUUAUCUGCAUUAUGUGUUUUCGUUCGUUAUUGGGAUUAAAGGAUAUUUGCAAUCGAA